CUGUGCUCAUUCAGGGGCACUAAUGUAUCCUCUUUACCCUUGAUCGAUGUCUGGAAGAUUCAUUUUUUGCAAACUCCAGGGCCAGCAGUCUCGUUUUGUUUGUUUGUUUGUUUGUUUGUUUGUUUGUUUUUUUUUGCUCUGCUCUUAAAAAGAUAAACUUAGGUUCUCUAGAAAUGGGUGAUGCCGUUGAUUCUGACAUUGCCCCCGUUGGUUUUUGAUGGCUCAUGGUCAUCCUUCUGUCAGAAAAUGAGGAGUGAACUGUUCAUUUUAUUUCAAAAUUGGAGCUUGCCGUCAUGGGGACAGAUGUUCUCGAUUGCACAAUAAACCAACAUUUAGCCAGACAACUUGAUUUUAAGAAGAACGGUACAAAUACCAUCUUGAUUCAAAACAUCUAUCGUAAUCCCCAAAACAGUGCACAGACGGCUGACGGCUCACACUGUGCUGUGAGCGAUGUUGAAAUGCAGGAACAUUAUGAUGAAUUCUUUGAGGAGGUCUUCACGGAAAUGGAAGAAAAAUAUGGUGAAGUUGAGGAGAUGAACGUUUGUGAUAACCUUGGAGAUCAUCUCGUUGGAAAUGUAUAUGUAAAGUUUCGUCGUGAAGAAGAUGCAGAAAAGGCUGUGAUUGAUCUGAACAAUCGCUGGUUUAAUGGUCAGCCGAUUCAUGCUGAGCUUUCACCUGUGACUGACUUCAGAGAAGCUUGUUGCCGUCAAUAUGAAAUGGGAGAGUGUACGCGAGGAGGUUUCUGUAACUUUAUGCAUUUGAAGCCCAUCUCCCGAGAAUUGCGACGUGAAUUAUAUGGACGUCGUCGUAAGAAGCAUAGAUCCAGGUCAAGGUCCCGUGAACGUCGUUCUAGAUCCAGAGAUCGUGGUCGUGGAGGCGGUGGCGGAGGAGGUGGCGGUGGCGGAGGAGGAGGAGGGCGGGAACGUGAUAGGAGGCGGUCAAGAGAUCGUGAAAGAUCUGGUCGAUUCUGAGCCAUGCCAUUUUUACUAUAUGUCCGGUAGAAAGUGUUGUAGUCGAUUGACCAAACAAGUUCCUAAUGAGAUUUUUUUUAAAAAAAAAAAAAAAAAAGAUGGGCUUCUGAAUAAAAACUUGUAGAGAUACAGUA